UGUUUAAAACUAAAGCGCCUCUUAUUUAUAAUUAAUUAUUAAUUUAAAAUAUAAAAAAAUAAAAAUCGUGUAUUUAUUAAUUUGUUAUUUUCGAAUAUGUAACUGUUUAAUAGUAAUUUAAAAGUAAAACAAAUACGCUAUAGGAAUUUUACAAGUACAAAAAAAAAAAAACAAGAAAAAAGUUUGGAAAUCAUCUGCUGAAAAUAGGAGAGAAUGCAUUGCACCUGGUACCUGUCUGAAGAUUUAUCUUAUUAUAACAUAUUGAUGAAUAGCUAUUAUUCUAAAUAUUUAAUUUUAUAAAAAUUAGUUUUCGGUACCUAAUUGUCUCACGAUUCAUAUUUUUUUUGUAUUUGAAAAAGUACCUACUUAUUCCAUAUAAAAUCGUUAAUUUAUAUGGUUUUCAGGGUACUAACAAAUAUUUAUAUUAAUUUUUAUAAUGAAAUCCUGAAUUAGCAAAAAAAAAAACAAGACGAAACGAAUUUUUCUUAAAUUAGAAUCAUUGAAAUCAAAAUAAAUUUUAAGUUAAACAAAAAUGGCAAGUACAACAUCAGAAACUGAUUGGCUUGAAGAACUUUUACGGGAGGUGCAAUUAGAACAGUUUUAUGAAAGAAUUCGUGAUGAUUUACAAAUAACACGUUUAGCACAUUUUGAUUAUGUGCAAACUGAUGAUUUAGAACGUAUUGGUUUAGGAAAGCCAGCAGUACGUCGAUUAAUGGAUGCUGUAAGAAAAAAGAAAGCACAUCAAUGGCGAAAAAAUAUUCUUUCAAAAUUAAUCGGAGGUGGUAAACAACCUAAUAAAAAACAAGUUGUUGGCAAUGAAAAUGUGUCAUUUACUGCUUUAACAUGUUUAAUUCAUGAAAAGGAUGUAGUUUUAGGAACAAAAUUAGGUGACGGUUCAUUUGGUGUAGUUCGAAAAGGUGAAUGGGUAGCUCCAAAUAAUAAAACUGUUUCAGUAGCUGUUAAAGUAUUAAAGGCAGAUAAUUUAACGCAACCGGGUAUUAUAGAGGAUUUUUUUCGAGAAGUUCAAGCAAUGCACUCUUUAGAUCAUCCGAAUUUAGUUAGACUACAUGGUGUUGUAUUAUCACAGCCAAUGAUGAUGGUAACCGAAUUAGCUGAACGAGGCUCUCUUUUAGAUACGUUGAGAAAACAAUGUCGAUCAACAUCUCUACCUAAUAUAUGGAAUUGGUCAGUACAAAUAGCAACCGGCAUGGCAUAUUUAGAAAGUAAACGAUUUUUGCAUCGUGAUUUAGCUUGUCGUAACGUAUUAUUAACAUCUGGGAAUAAAAUUAAAAUUGGAGAUUUUGGUUUAAUGAGAGCAUUACCAAAUGAGGAAGAUUGUUACGUCAUGAAUGAACAUAGAAAAGUACCAUUUCCUUGGUGUGCACCAGAAUCAUUAAGAUAUCGUCAAUUUAGUCAUGCAUCUGACAGUUGGAUGUUUGGUGUAACUUUAUGGGAAAUGUUUACAUUUGGAGAAGAUCCGUGGGUUGGUUUAAACGGUUCACAAAUUUUAAGAAAAAUUGAUCGAGAAGGUGAAAGAUUGCAUUGUCCAGAAGCUUGUCCACCUGAUGUAUACGAAUUAAUGUUUCAAUGUUGGCAUAAGACACCUUCUGAAAGACCAACUUUUGCUGCUAUUAAAGAAUUCCUGUCAGGUGUGCCGCCACCUUUGCGGAAAGCUAUAAUGUCUUGCAAUGAAUCUAACCUUUUAAAAAUUGAACAAAAUGAUGUGAUAGCCAUUAUUGAUGGAAGACCUGAUUUGAAUUUAAUUAAAGGACAAAAUCAAAGGACAUUCGAAAUUGGAAUGUUACCACGUGAUGUUCUUGAAAAAACAGUAUCUGUUGCUGAUAUAGGCAGACCAUUGGAGAGUUCAUUCAGACAUACUGGUCACGGAAGCACAAGUUUUUUCGAUGGAUGUUGGGGUAGUCCGAACUCUAUAGAUUCUAAUUUUAUUGGCGAUGACGUAGAGCUAAGAGGUCUUGACCGUGCUCAAAUUGGUCGCCGAAAAAAAUCUGCGUCUUAUCAAGUGAAAGAGAGACGCAGUAUUGCAGCAAAACAGUUUGCAUACAACAAAUUGAUUAAUGACAAAAAAAAUAUUAGUUUCGAUUCGGUGCAACAAGGAAAAAGCAAUCAAAAACCAGUUCGUCCACCGCAACCGAAAUCGGCAUCUUCGAAAUCACAUAUCCAACAAGAAGGCAUUCUUGUUGAUAUUUCAUCAGAAAAUAAUGGUUCUAAUAAAAACCAGAAUUUGUCUAUUAACAAUACAGAAGAAAACUUGUCAACAUCAUUAAAUGCUCUAUGCAUUCUUGACGCUCCGAUAGAUGUUCCUACGGAAGGUGAAAUAUCGGAAGAUUAUGCAUUUUCUUCGAUAACUAGUGUUUCGCAUUCUCCAAGUCGACAAGAACCACCCCCAUAUCAAAUGCCUCCAACUUAUUCUAAUACAAUUGAAAUGAAUUUUCAAUUAUCAAAUAUGAACGAUUCAUAUCGCAUGGGCAAUUCUGUACCCAGGGAAACACGUUCCCAGGAAUCUGUUGCAAAAAUACAAACCGCUGAACAAAAUGCUUUAAGCAUGUAUUCAAAUAUUGCAAAAUCGCAGGAUAUCGCACCGCAGAAUGAAAAUUAUGUGGCGAAUUCCUCCUCUAAAGGAGCGAUUUCUAAACAACAAAUUUAUUCAAACAGUCCUGGUAUUAAGAAAUCUCCUAAUUAUAAUGUAGUUUCAAACUUACACCAAUCUCAACAACAAUUUCCAAAUUAUAACAUUGACUUAAGCUCUUUAGCAAACGAGGAGACAAGUAGUUCGGUUAAUGAAACUGAUCAAAAUUCUGAAAUUUCUGAAUUGAAUAUGGAAAAUGUAAGUAGAUUGAAUAUAAAUCAAAAUGAAAGAAUAGAAAAUGUGCAGAAACAAAGAAAUGAUUCAAUGUCGGUAAAUUUAAGUAACGCAACCUUAGAGGACAGUUUAAGCACAGAUAUAAAUAGUGAUAAUUGUGAAAAAAAAUUAGAUGAAUCGUUUAUUGCGGAAUUGGAAAAGGAUUUGUAUAAAACAGACAAAAAUUUGCAUCUAAUCAAUUCAACUCAAGCUCUUCCGAUCAAAGAAGAUAUUUAUAAAAAUACAUUAAUAUACAACGAAAACAUUAAUAGUAAUUUGAACGUUCAAAAGAAUUCUAAUCAACCUUCCGAACCCUCAAUAAUUCUGCAACCUAAAAUUCAAAAUACUUGCCAGGAAGUAGCUAGAUAUGCUAGUAGUAAUCAAAUUUAUCAAAAUUCCUCUCUGCAAGAUCAACAUCAAAAUAUCCCAAAGGAUAAUUAUUCUACAACAAAUUUCGAGCAGCCGUCGGGGCUUUUACAAAAGCAACUGAAUGUUCAACAACAGCAAAAUCACAAUCAAAAUAUUUCUGCAACUAACAUUUUAAUUAACAAAAUUUGGUAUGAAACAACUCAGGGGUUAUCUUCUGAACAACAGCAUGCUCAAUCACAAUUUGGGUCAAUAAACUCUAUACCGGAACAAAUAUAUCAAAAUGCUGCGUCACAAAUUCAAUUCUCAAGUCAAUCAACAACACCAGUGAAAAAUCACAAUUUUGUAGCUAUAUCAAACAAGCCAAUAAAUACGUCAUCAAACACAACUUCAACGAAUGUAUACCAGAAAACUACUAAUUUUUAUAAUUCUAUACCAGGUGAUAACGUUAGUGUUUAUGGUUCAGAUUUUUAUGAUAUCGUUGCUCCCACUCCAUCAUCAUAUUAUGGUCAAGUGCCUAUAACAAGUAGUACGCAGAAUUUGGCUCAAACAACUUCAACAAAUGCAACGGCUGUUGCUUCAAAUAAUGCGCAAUCUGUGAUAUAUGACGAAGUCUCUGUCGAUGAUUUUUUAAGACCGCAUCGUCCAGCUCCUCUUGCCCCGCCACAACUUUCAGCACAACAAAUUCAAAGAAGAUUAGAAAAGAUGAAAUAUCAUCAACAACAACAACAGCAACAGCAGCACCAAUCGCAACAGCUUCAGCAACAGCAACAAUUACAACAAACUGGAAUAUAUGAAAAUGCUGAAAAAAUUCAAGCAGAAAAUGCUCAGGUGUUAAGUUUAAUUAAAGAUAUUGGUGAUCCAACUUUGACAGAUAGCGAAGCUCGUUCGGCGCUUAUAGCAAACAACUGGGAUCAUAAUUUGGCAAUACGGCAUAUAAAAAUUGAUAAGUUAUUGAGAUUGGGUCUCGCAAGUAGGAGCCAAUGUGAGCAAGCAUUGUUUAAAACCGGAUGGAGUAUUGAAUUAGCUGCAUCUGUUUUACUAGAGACAACGACAUAAAUAUUAUUAAUUUUUUUAAGUAUCUUUUUGGUUGCAUAAUAGAGUCAAUUAUUUUUAAGAACUUAUUCUUCCAAUUUUUUUUUUGAGAUGCAACUCUUUAAAAGUUGAUAGAGACAUAUUUAAAUGUAAGACGGUGAAUUAGAAAAUUUUUGGCUUUUAUUAAAUUAAUAAUAGUUCUUAGUUGCAUUUUAAAAUGUUUUCUAAAAGUUAGCAAUAAUUUGAGAAAUUCGUCAUUACGAUUUUUAGUCCCUGCGAACCAUACAAUAGAAAAUAUUAAAAAUUCAAUAAAUUAAUAAUUUAUUAGUAAAGUGAUACGUAAUACUAAUCUGUAAUUAUCAUCCAAAUUAAUAAAAGAAUUUUGGCGAUUUUUUUUUUAUUAAAGAAGGUGCAAUUUUACCUUACAUUAUUGAUAUUGUGUAAUUAUCAGGUUUUAUAAAUUUGACUUUAUGUUUUUCUUUUUUAAUAUAAAUAAAUUUUUUAAGAAACGAAUGAGUACAUUCCAAAACUUCUUGCGUGUCCUUAUAAUUUUACACGAUUGAAUUACACAAUAUAAUAUACAAUAAUUUAGCAUAAUUACUUUUUAAUAUGCUUGUAUGUUUAUGUAACUACUUAGGUUUUCUCUUCUUUUUUUUAUUUAUUAACUCAGAAUAUUUUAUUAUUUUAAAAAUUUGAUGAGGCAACAGAAAAUCAAAGUUGCUAUCUUUAAGUUGUAAUAAAAUAUUAAUUAUAAUCAUUUUAUAUUACUUAAUCUUAACAGCUACAUAUAAUUUAAAAGAAAAAUAUCUCGUACUUACGAAUAUUUCAGAAGCUUUAUUAUUUAAUUACAUACAUAUAUACUAGUUGUAUGUUUGCAAAAAUACUCUUUUUUUUGUUUUUAGAAUUAAAUUAAACAAAUAAAUACACAUAUUUUUUUGAAAUAAAACUCGAAUCACCUGUAUGGAAUACCUUUUUAAAACUCCGAUAACACAAUUUUUUUGUUUUUAUUUUUAAAAUGAAUUUAAAAUAGUUUAUUUAUUAAUUUAAAUUUCUUAAUAAUUUAUAUUCAAUCAUUCUCUUAUAAUAAUUAUUUCUAUAGAUAGAAUAUAAAUUAUAAAACUUGAGCAUGUCAAAUAUGCAUCACUUAAUAAGGUCUUAGCAUACUAUUUUGUAGAGAAAUAAUAUUAUUUUUUUGAAUUGAAA